GUUCACGCUUUCACGCCAUCUAACGGAUGUGGCGAGAACUACAGGAGGCGCACGCGCACCACGGAUGCUUUGCCGUCUUAGACCGUCGUCCUAUCAUCUAGUUUGUUUCACAGCGCCAUCUAUUUUAUUGUAUUAGUUUGUAUAAUCAUUAUUGUAAUUCACUUGCCUUUGUGACACCAGCAAAUAAACAUUUAAAAAUUAACGAAUAAAUCAAUCAUUCUGAGUACAAGCCGUAAACCUUACUAUAGGCAGGCAGGACAUACUAUCCCUGGAGCAGGAGACCAGGAGCGAGGAGUCUGGAACGAGCCUACCACGGGACCAGGAUUAAGUACCUGUUCCCAACAUUUGGUCCUUCGAGCCGGAUGCAGAUACUCGAGGACCACGAGAAACGGUCAGGCUUUCUUUCCUUACCAUCCUCCUUCCUCUCCUACAGUGAUAAAUCGUGCGCUUAUCUCAAUUCCAGUGAAAUCGCGACACGCGGCAUCGGCGGCAAUAUCGUCAGUUUCGUGACCGCACCGCGUGGCAUCUUCACCAAGUGAGUACUCCAUCUUUCCACUAAGCCCCCAAAAUGAGUGACAGUGAAUCUAAAUCGUCUGAUAGUGCUGCUAAAUCAUUAAAAAUUCCGCGUUCUCCUCAAUCACGCGAAAAUUCUGGUGACCGCAUGGCCGACCUCAAGAAACAACGAGGUACCAUGAAGGCACGGUUAACUUUAUUCGAUAAAUAUUUCAUUAAUUUAAAAGAUACCGAAUUAAAUAGCACCGAUAAGGCCGAAUUAAAGUUGCGAAUGCAGUCUAUUGAGUCUUUGUAUCAGAACUUUAACCAAAUUCAGUGCGAAAUAGAGAGGUUAUCCGAUCAGAAUCAAUUAGAAAAACAAUUAGAAUACCGUGAACAGUUUGAGGAGCAAUAUUUUAGAGCGUUAGCGGCCGCCGGGGGCAGGUUAGUUGAUGAGAGCAUGGCGAACUCCACGUGUACUCGCAAUACUUCAUCUAAAUUAGCAUCUGUAAAGUUACCAGAGAUUAAACUACCGACCUUUAACGGAUCAUAUGAUCAGUGGUUAGAAUUUAGGAACUCGUAUGACACCAUGAUACAUGAACGGGAUGACCUGGACGCGAUUCAGAAAUUCCAUUACUUGAGAUCAUCUCUAAGCGGGAGUGCAUUGCAGGUUAUCAGUGCGCUAGAAUUUACUGCAGCCAACUACACUCACGCGUGGGACCUCCUAACGAAUAGGUUCCAUAAUAGCCGUUUGUUGAUCCAUAAUCAUGUAAAAUCGUUGUUUAAUACUCAAAGUAUUCAAUCCGAGUCACCUUCACAAAUUAGAAAACUGAUAGAUACCGUUAAUCGUAAUUUAAGAGCGUUAAAAACAAUAGGCGAACCCGUAGAUCAAUGGGAUACGUUAAUCAUAUACCUAAUCGUAACAAAGUUAGACCCAACCACAGAAAAAGAGUGGGAAAGUCAAAAAGGCUCCAUUAGGUCUGAUCAGCCGAGUAGUUCUUCACUAAAACUAAGUGAUUUGCUUUUAUUUUUAAAGAAUAAGGCGGACACCCUCGAACUGAUAACGGUUAGUCACAAUAAAAAUAAAUCAUUACAAGAACACAAAUCUUCCCACGGUAAUAAUCACUUUGAUGCUAAAAAAUACGCGGUACAUAAGCCCAAUCAACAAGUACAUAGUUAUGUGUCUAACACUCAAAGCAAGUCGGAGAAAACAAUUCGCAGUUGUGCAAUGUGUCAGAGUAAUCACGCGUUGUACACUUGUGUUUUAUUCUUGAAUUUACCCGUUAACGAUAGGGUUAAGUUCGUGGAGAAUAAAAACCUGUGUCCUAACUGUUUACGGUCGGGUCACUCAAUUUCAGACUGCACUUAUGGCUCGUGCAAGUUAUGUCAUCACAAACAUAACGGUUUGUUACAUAAUCAGGCUAAUAGUAGUAGUAGUUUAUCUGUCGUGCGUGCGAAUUCAUCCUCGCCGGCCGAUAACAAUAAUAUUCCCACUAUUUCAGCUGCACUGCAUAGUCAAUCUGAACCUAAUUCGAGAGAAAAUAGGUGCGAUAUUGGUUUGCAUACCAAGUUGAGAGGUCUGCAACCUACCUUAUUGUCCACCGCGUUAAUAGAAGUAGCUGAUGUCAACAACGAAUAUCAUCUAGCCCGAGCGCUCCUUGAUAGUGGCAGUCAGCAUAGUUUUAUAACGGAGAAAUUAAGUAAAAAGUUAAAGCUUCCCCUAAUACAGUCCACUGUUCGAAUUUCGGGUGUAGGACAACAUGUCACUAACUCGAGUCAACUAUGCGAAAUAGCUAUGAGAUCUAAAUCGUGUAGUUACAAUACAAUGUUGCAAUGUCUCGUAUUGCCUUGUAUAACUUCUAAUCUGCCCAGUGUAGGUAUAGAUGUAGAUAGUUUAUGUAUGCCGGAGAAUAUACAGCUCGCAGAUCCCACCUUCAACAUUCCGUCAGAGAUCGACCUACUUAUAGGCGCGGAUAGGUUUUGGGAACUGUUAGAAGGAGAAAGAAUUCGAUUACAAAGCGGACCUUACUUACAAAACUCUAAAUUAGGUUGGUUUAUUUCAGGCCGCAUUGACAACACGAACCUAUCGAAUAAGCAACAGGUUCAUUGUCAUUUUACAUCUACGAUAGAUAACGAUUCGUUAGAUAUGCAAAUGAGAAAGUUUUGGGAAAUUGAAGAAGUCCCUAUAACAAAAAAGCUCACCGCAGAUGAGCUAAAAUGCGAAGAGUUAUUUUGUACCACGACUACUCGCGACGAAACAGGUAGGUUCUGCGUUAGGAUUCCCCUGAAAGAAUCAGCUGACGCGCUCGGUGACUCAUACAGCACGGCGCGCAGCAGGUUCAUGUCGCUCGAGCGUAAACUACAACGUUCGCCUGAGUAUAAACAAAUGUACUGCGAUUUCAUGAAUGAAUAUGAGUCGUUAGGUCACAUGACACGUAUAGGUAUAGAUAAACCCGAAUUACCUAACUAUACUUUAUCGCACCACGGGGUAUUUAAAGAGAGUAGCUCCACAACUCGUUUACGUGUAGUUUUUAAUGCCUCGGUGCCCACAAAAUCCUCAAAAUCGCUUAAUGACAUUCAGUAUUCAGGUCCAGCGUUACAAAACGAUAUACCACGAUUAGAGUUAUGCGGGGCGUUAGUAGGUGCGAGAUUAUGUCAUAAAAUUGUAAACGUUCUAAGGUUGAAAUUCGACCGCAUUUAUUGUUGGACCGAUUCUACUAUCGUAAUUGGUUGGUUGCGAAUGUCUCCACACUUAUUAAAACAAUUCGUACAAAAUAGGGUGAAUGAAAUAAAUGAGCUUACUGGAGAUCUGACCUGGUUACAUGUGAAUGGACUACAGAAUCCCGCAGACCUAUUGAGUAGAGGUCUAAAUCUAAGCGAGCUUAGUCAGUCUAGUAGAUGGUGGCAUGGUCCCUUAUUUUUAAAGGAAAAUAAUUUAAAUUUCAGCCAACACUUGCCUAAUGAGCUUCCUGAGUUACCAGAAUUGAAAACGCAAACUACGUCAUUAAUUUGUACAGUAGAUAAUGUGUUUGACUUUGAAAGAUAUUCAACUUUGAAUCGAAUGAAACGUGUUGUAGCAUAUGUACUUAGAUUUAUUAGCAACACUCGGCCGCAGCGCGGACAAAAGACGACCGGCCCGUUAUCAGUAGAUGAGAUAACGGCGGCUGAGCGCGCGCUAAUUAUUAUCGCUCAAAAACAGAUGUUUCCGGAAGAAUAUCAUAACUUAGAAAACAAUUUACCUAUUUCAAAUAAAAAAGGUUGUGCUAUAACGGGACUUAACGUAUUUUUAGAUAAGUUUAAAAUAAUUAGAGUAGGCGGCAGAUUGUCGAAUGCCACUGGAUUCGAUUAUAAUAAAAAGCAUCCAGUAUUAUUGUGUGAUCCUAAUGACCUUCUCCCCCUUACCCCAGCCCAUUUCCUCAUAGGAAGGCCUCUGACCGCACCUGCCAGCGCUGACCUGACGGGCGCUGCCCCUCACCGCCUGCUACGCUACGACCGAGUCGAGCAGAUGCGACAGCAUUUCUGGAGACGCUGGAGCAAGGAGUACGUCUCAGAGCUUCAGAUCCGCAGCAAAUGGAAGACGAGGGAACAGGACCUGCAGACCGACAUGAUGGUACUGAUCAAGGAGGACAAUACCCCUCCCCUGAGAUGGCGGCUGGGGCGAAUAGUGCGGACCUACCCAGGCAAGGACGGCGUCUCUCGCGUAGCCGACAUACGGACGGCGCGCGGUAUCAUUCAGAGGACGUUCGCCAAGAUCUGUCCACUUCCGAUGCAAGCUGAUGAAGACACCAGCGGUGGCGCAGACUCGACGACCUCAACCGUGACUCCGAGACAUGGCUGACUGAUAGAAAGCUGAUGCUUCCAAGGCCGGCGGGAUGUUCACGCUUUCACGCCAUCUAACGGAUGUGGCGAGAACUACAGGAGGCGCACGCGCACCACGGAUGCUUUGCCGUCUUAGACCGUCGUCCUAUCAUCUAGUUUGUUUCACAGCGCCAUCUAUUUUAUUGUAUUAGUUUGUAUAAUCAUUAUUGUAAUUCACUUGCCUUUGUGACACCAGCAAAUAAACAUUUAAAAAUUAA